CCCACUGUGCCCUGUUCUUCUCUCUCUCUCUCCAGUAGACGACGAACGUCACUCGAACUCAGACAGCAGAGGCCUGAAUUGAACUCAGGGACCAACUGAGCAUACAUGAGCAAAAAAAUCAAUUUGACAACUUCCCUCUUCAGCCUUCACCAACUCCACGAUCUUCCAGAUGGAGCGCAGUCUGGCUGAUGAGCUAUACUCAGAUACCUUGCAGCUAUCGAAACUUGCAUUGGGUCCAAUGUCAACUGCUAACAGCAAGCAGAGUGAUUCACAAGAUUAUCACGAGGAUGACUUGUGGCUGGAAGAUGGAUCUUCAUGGAAUGGUUCUAUUAAGGAAUUGGAUCAUACGUCUGAUUUGGACAGGGAGUGGCAUAGGAGGCGCUACCAAUUCCAUACGAUUGGAUAUCGUGAUGGUCUCAUGGCGGGCAAAGAAACUUCUGCACAAGAGGGGUUUAAUAUUGGCUUUAGGGAAUCUGUCUCUGUUGGGUUUAACUGGGGUCUCGUCAGAGGCAUUACUAGUGCUCUAGCUUGCGUUCCGGAUGGAUUAAGGGAAAGGUUGGUUGAAACACCGGCAAAGAGAAACAAGUUCCAAAGCUUGUAUGAAGUGGUGCAUUCUCUUCCAACGACUGAUGCACUGAAGUUGUUCAAUGAUGACUUAACAAACAAACCAGUUGAACGGAGAAAUGAUGCUGAGUCCAGUUCUCGCACAGCGGAUCUGCCUGAUCAUAGUCCGAAUGGCUUUCUUUUGAAAAAUUACUACGAAGAGCUUCAAUCAAUUAUCCUUGAAUCACCUGCAAUCAAAGUGCAUUCAGAGACUCACCAGUAGGUGCUUUCAUACAUACAUAUUCAUCUUUGUUGAGGAAGAAUAUGCUACUAAAUUGGAGCAAAGAGAAGGAACCUCAAGAAUCUAGGUAUUCUCUAGAAGAAGUGAUUGGACCAUUACUUCUUAAGAGGUGUUUAUUAUUUGUUCAAUGAUUGUGUAGUAAGUUUGUAUUAUUACAUGCAUUAAUAUUUGCCAGCAAUAACCCAUGGAGGUUGGUAAAUUGCGAAAAUCUUGGUCUAGCUGAACAGUGUUGUAACUUCUGCAUUCCGAGGGCACAGGCUUCUCAGAGUGGGUAACGUAUUCAAGGAAUUCAUGGUUGGGUCAAGUUUGUAGAGACAAUCUAUAAUGGCCUAGAAGGUGUAUGAAUAUUUAUUUUAACAAUGCCCAAAUCAAAGAAGAAUCAAAAGAUUUUAGGUUGAAUUUUGCAUCAGUUGUUCAACCUGGCAUCUACUAUUGUUUGUGUUACAUUAUUUUUGGUCAUGGUCUGGCUAUGGAAAUUAACUACGCGAUGUUGCGCAACAAAGAAGCAAAAAGAUCAGGGUGCAAAUCUCAAUCAAUAGAUGUUAUCAUAUAUUAAAGCAUAGGGCCUAUAAUAAUAACAGGUACAUUUAUGAGUUAUUUUCUUUUUG